AUCCAAUUUGGUCGAGUUCGUUAAGGAAAAAAAAUACGACGAUCACGUAAGAACAAGCAAGCAUGGACCAUGUUUAUAAAGGAAUAUGGUAUCAAGUUUUCGUGUGUCAGAACUACAGGUAUUAUUGGGCUUUGCUGGACGUAACAAGAGUGGUCGCAAACAUGAACUUCUUUUAAGAGCAUUGCAUUUGAUAAAGAGUGGCUGUAUCCCAGCUGUUCAAAUCAAAAUUAAGGAACUGUAUAAGCGCCGAUAUCCCAGAACUAUUGAAAAUCUUCCGGACUUGUCAUCUCUUAAAUCAUCAAUCUUUGCACUGGACAGUAGUACUUCAUUAGUGGAGUCUGAUUUGGCCAUCGCCCACUUGCAUUCUCAUCCUUCCAGCUCUGUCACUCCACAGUCAGCAGCAGCCAUCAGUUCAAUACUGUUACAUGAAACAAAACCAAGAAUAGACAUGCAGCAGCCAGCUCCCAUCCCUCCAGUGCAUCCAGACGUCCAGCUGCGGAGUUUGCCAUUUUAUGAUGUGCUGGACAUUCUCAUAAAGCCUUCAAGCUUAGGUGCAAGCAAUAUUCAACGAUUCCAAGAGAAAUAUUUUAUCUUUGCUUUGACUCCACAGCAGGUGCGAGAAGUGUGCAUUUCAAGGGAUUUUCUACCUGGAGGAAGAAGAGAUUAUAUGGUCCAGAUUCAGCUCAGGUUUUGCCUUGCGGAGACUAGCUGUCCCCAAGAAGACAAUUUCCCAAGUAGUUUAUGCAUUAAAGUGAAUGGCAAACUUUUUCCAUUACCGGGAUAUGCACCGCCACCUAAAAAUGGAGUGGAACAGAAGAGACCUGGGCGCCCAUUAAACAUUACUUCACUAGUUAGGUUGUCAUCUGCGGUACCCAAUAAUAUUUCUGUUACAUGGGCUCCAGAAAUUGGAAAGACAUAUUCCAUGUCUGUUUACCUUGUAAGACAACUGACAUCAUCACUACUGUUGCAGAGACUGAAAAUGAAAGGCAUUAGAAACUCGGACCAUUCUAGAGCGCUAAUAAAAGAGAAGUUAACUGCUGACCCUGACAGUGAGAUUGCAACUACUAGCCUUAGGGUUUCAUUAAUGUGCCCACUUGGGAAAAUGCGUUUGACAGUACCUUGCCGUGCAAUUACUUGCUCUCAUCUUCAGUGCUUUGAUGCAGCACUUUACCUUCAAAUGAAUGAGAAAAAGCCCACAUGGAUUUGUCCAGUUUGUGAUAAAAAGGCUGCUUAUGAAAGUCUAAUUAUUGAUGGACUUUUUAUGGAGAUUCUUAAUGCCUGUUCAGACACUGAUGAAAUUAAAUUCCAGGAAGAUGGGACUUGGUGUCCUAUGAAACCCAAAAAUGAACCACUCAAGAUUUCAAGCUCAGGCAGUAUGAAAGUUGAAGGUUCUUGUGUUGUCAGCAGAUUAUCUCCAUUAACAUCUCCAAGCGAAACAAGUAAUGUGAAAAAAGCAGAUGUGAUUGACCUGACAGUUGAGAGUUCAGAGGAAGAGGAUGGAGCAGAUCAUGUAGAACAGCCUCCUCUUAAGAAGCAAUGUUUUUACUUGAGCAGACCAGAGGACUGCCAUAACAAGGGGGUUUUGAAUUACCAACCUCCAAUUAUGCGGUUGCCAAACAUGCAAACAGUUGAUACCUCCUUUUUGGCAUCUUCACUUCCCGACUAUGCAGUUCCUUUCCAUCGUACAUUACCAUUAAUGCAUUCGGAUAUACAGGGUCUGGAUUUCCUUUCACUAAUUCAAGGAGAGUCACAGCCUUAUUGCUCCCCACUGUUCCUGGAUACCCUCCCUAGUGUAUUACAGACAGCCGCUACGAGUGCUGGCAUAAUAUCAACUCCAUAUGAAAGCAGCAAUCUUGGCAACAAUGCAAACAGAAGUGAAGCUGGAGUUAUAACUGGUGGUAUGGGAACAAGUAUUACAGACAUUAUUUCUUUGGAUUAGAGACCAUUUCCCAAACAUUUGGAUAAUUUUGACCCAUCUGGUAGUGAAAAUCUGCCCCUCAAUCUUAAGAUGCAGCUGCUCAGUUUCAUAUUUUUUACAGUUCAUUUCAGCAUCGAUGCUUUGAGAAACUUUGGAAAAAGAAGAACAAUAAAAAAACAGCACCACAGAAUGGUGUGCUGUUGAAGCAAAUGGGGAAUUAUUUAACUUUCCAGUCUCGAGCUAAAAUUUGGGGUUUUUUUGUGCAAUUGACAAAUCUGAAUAACUUCUUUGGAAAUGUAUUAUGGUGCUCCUAUUCAGUACUCAAAUUCAGAAAAGCAAUAAGAGAACCUUUUAAGUAAUUGCUACAGUUUGUUAUAAGGAUCUCGUAUCUGUUGAACUGAAAAGGAAUCCUGUUUAAAUUUUGGAGAUUAAAGAAGAAAUUGUUUUCUGACAAAUACUAGAUUUUCGAAGAUAAUCAAGCAUCAUGUAAUAUUCUGCAUUAAAAUAUGGAUCCACACUAUCUGAAGGAUGCUUGCUUAUUGCCACAGAUAAUCUUUGUUGAAGAGAAUGUGAAAGUAACAAUAAAAAUACUGCAAUUAUGUUCAGUGAUACAGUUUGAACUUCAUUUUAGAGCUGAUGCUGAAAUGCCAGACUUUCUUUCUGGUAAGUUUCUAAAGAAAUCAUUUAAAAACGAUGGACCAUGUUUGCUGGCCUGCCGUCAGCAACUGAGGACAUUUAUUAACCUUGACGAUCAUUGACUGUGUUUCAGAUUUGUGUUGUAAUGUUUGCUGGUUGGGUAACGCAUUUGUAUUCAGACGGUGUCCUUUCAAUGUUUUUAUAGUUCUUGCUUCUCCUUGUUUAUAACGAGUUUGUCAUUUCUGUUCCACUAACAGCACAAAGACCACUUUUUGUGAAAAUGUACAUUGACAACUUAAAGGACUACUCCCAGUUUUUAUUGACGAUGUAAUAUGGAACAGGCCAUGGAAAUUAUGUAGAGUGAUAGAAGCCGAUAUAACGCGCUGAAAUGUGCUUUCUAGGUAAGAUAAAAAUACUGGGAAGCAUUCAUUGACUUGCACAGUUUAACUCCUUAAUCAUAACAUUAAUUAAGCUCUAAAUAAUUCAGACAAUAAUAUUGUCUUUAUAUGUAUCUGACAUAUCUUGUCUCAGAUUUAAUAUUUUUGUUUUUAAAUGACAAAAAUUAUUUAAGUUUGUGAUUUUUCAGUUUAAGCUAUUUGUAUUUGCCUUUGACUACUGCUGAUGUUCGUUAUGAAGUGCUCAUUAAGCGACAACAGCAGAGCCAGUAAUUUGCAUAGCACUGUAUGUAAUUUUUUUUGAAGAUGUUUUUGUUUCUGCAUUAUUAAAUCAAGCCAAACAGAGUUAAUGCUUUCAGUCCUAAAAAGUAAAAAUAGUAAUAAUGGUUCAGUGUUCCAUUUGAUUUUUACAUCUUGCAAAAGCCAUUAAAUUACAAUCAGUUAUCUUCUGUUAGAAACAAUGUGCACUAUAUAUUUUUGUAACUGUUCAUUCAACUGCAAGUACAGUAUAUCUGUUGAACUAUUUUUACAGUAUUUUUGUGAUGUAUAAAUACACAUUUUUUAAAUGUAUAUUAAUAUUUGUUAAUUUUUUUUAUAUUGUAAAUGCAAAUUUCCCAUUACUGGUCAAAGCAAAUUGGUGUUUUGAGAGUAUAUAAAGUAUAAUUAACUUCAGCAUACACACUUCAAAAUUUAAUUCAGUCUGUAGUUGGGUACAUUUUGAAAUGUAUAUUCUGUUUAAUGUAAAUAUAUCUGUAUAUAUUCUGUAUGUGUGUAUGUUUGUGUAUAUAAAUAUAAAUAAAAAAUUGGGGGUUAGUUUCCUGCUAUUGGGAAUCCCCCUUUUUCUGUAUAAUU